GUUCUCAUCCUUCCCUCUUACUCUCAUCUCGGGAACCGUUUCUCAUCAUGCCUAUAACCCUGAAGCACUCGGGGGCAUCGUACUCCCUCGAUGUCUCCGCGAUAUCGACCGCGUCCGAGUUACGCGAUCUCGUAGCGCGUACAACGGGAGUACCUGCAGAUCGCGUCAAGGUUAUGCUUCCCAAGGGGAAGGGAGUCAUGAAAGAUGACUUCAACCCAAAAACGCUCAAGGAUGGCGCAACACUCACCGCGGUCGGUAGCGCCACCGCACCUCCACAACCUCCCCCAGAGCCGCGCGUCUUUCUCGAAGAUCUGGAGGAAGGAGGCGAAACCGUGAUGGACACACCAGCUGGACUUGUCAACCUCGGCAACACCUGCUACAUGAACGCGACUUUGCAGGCGAUCGGCUGCAUCGAGGAGCUACGCAGCGAACUACUCAAAGGGAACCAAAACGGAGGGGCCCUCGUCCAGCCGCUCUCCACUCUCACUCGCUCACUGGAGUCUACGGCGGACGGCGUGAACCCGAUGUCCUUCCUGACGGCGUUGAGAGCUGCGAACCCACAGUUCGCUGAGCGUGAUCGCUCGGAGAAGUCUGCGGCGAUGAUGAACAUGGGGAUGGGUGGCUACUCACAGCAAGAUGCUGAGGAGUCAUACUCAUUUAUCCUCAACUCUCUGCGAUCCGUGAAGAAGGAUAACGUACCGGUCGUCGAGAAGUACGCCAUGGGCGUUAUGAGGCGAACCUUAAAGGCCGCCGACGGCUCUGACGAAGCCUCCGGCGCCGCCGAAGAGGACUUCCUCAAGCUCGAAUGCAACAUCACCCGCGAGACCGGCGACCUCCUCGGCGGCCUCCGCGCCACCCUCACCCAAACGCUCGUGAAGAACUCGCCCCUCACCGGCGCGCCCGCGGACUACAUCCAGACCUCGCGCAUCGCGCGCCUCCCCAAGUACCUCUCCGUGCACAUGGUGCGCUUCGCGUGGCGCGCGGACAUCGGCAAGCGCACGAAGGUGAUGCGCAAGGUGAAGUUCCCGCUCGUGCUCGACGCGCUCGAGCUGUGCACGGAGGAGCUCAGGUCGAAGUUGAUCCCGGUGAACCGGAAGCUGGGGGAUGUGGAGCGGGCGAGGAGGGAUAGGGCGAAGAUUCAUGCGCGUCGUAAGGGUCUGGCGUCGGAGGCGAAGAAGGCAGGUGGGCCGGCGGGCGGUAUGGGUGGCACGUCGGGCGGUGCCGCGGUCUCGGCGGAGGCGACGACCGUCGCAGGUGGCGAGGACCCUAACGCGAUGCAGGUGGACGAGGAAGAAGACGAGGGCGCUGUCCGCGCCAAGGAGGCUGAGGAGUUGCGCGCGCUCAUCCCGGAGGAUAUCAGGAACGAUGUUGGCGCCAGCGAGAGCGGACUGUACGACCUUGUUGCAAUCAUCACGCACAAGGGCGCCGCCGCGGACUCGGGCCACUACAUGGCCUUCGUGAAGAAGAGCGUCUUCCAGAAGCGCCUCGGGGCGAAGAAGGAUGACCCCUUUGACGAGGAUGAGGACUGGUACAAGUUUGACGACGACAAGGUGUCGAUCUUUCCGAAGGACAAGAUUGCGACGCUCGAUGGCGGCGGGGAGGACUCGUCUGCCUACGUGCUGUUGUACAAGAGUCGGCCGCUAGAGUAGAGUCGGGCGGGAUGUCUGGGUGUAGUUGGAAGAUUAGAUAAGGCUGAGGAGCGUAUGGGAGAGUCUAGGUGGUAGAUGGAGGUGAGGUGUAUAAGAGGGCAUGGAGUGUAUGAGAGGACGAUAGUGUGUGUUGUCUGUUAUCCUGUAUCGAUAUGUACGAUGAGGUGUGACUACAACCGUGCGCUUAUGUUGUGAUCGAUCCAGUAAGGGAACGUAUCGCGGGCGACAUGUGC